AUGGAUGAAGUUGAUGUGAUGACGCGUUUGCUUCGUAUGCUAAGUGCAGCAAAUGUGAGUCCGGAAGAACGUCAGCUACUUGAGGCACAAAUUGAAGAAAUUAUGGGACAGGAGUCCGAACCAUUUGAAACAAGUGGUGACGUAGAAGAUGAUGAAUAUUUUCCAGAUGAAGGUGACUUCGGUGAAGCGUCAGAUAUAGAACAGGAAAUCGAGUUAAAGGCUGUUCUGGAUGAAAACCAUGAUGAUAUUGAGGAUUUGUAUAGAGAAGAUAUCGCCCUUCAGGCUUCAGCCACAAUGGAAUCAUGCAGCACAUCUACUACCCAGGGCCUUAUAUACAGGUCGAAAGAUGGUAAGAUGUGGAAUUCAAAUCCUCCACCACCUGGAAGGCCUCGUUGUCACAAUGUUACAACUUUUACUCGUAAAGGGCCACUACGAGGAGCGUCACCAAGUCAUAAAGCUCUUUUCAAGCUAUUGCUGUCUCCUGAAAUCGUGAGUAUCAUUGUGCGGGAAACCAACAGAAAAGCCGUUGAAGCGUUUCGUCUAUGGAAUGAAAAGCAUCCCAGUAAUAAACAGCGUUCUUGGGUAAUGACUAACGAAGACGAAAUGUAUGCUUUUUUUGGGAUGCUACUUAUUGCUGGUGUAUUCCACUCGAAUUCUCAGCCAGCGAAAGAAUUGUGGGCCAGUUACAAUAUGCCAAUUUAUAAGGCCACUAUGUCAUUGAAUCGGUUCAAGAGCUUAACUAAUUUCAUCUAUUUCGAUAACAGUGGUACUAGUGCUGAGAGGUUGAAGCCAAGCAAAUCUGCUGCCCUGGACGAUGUAUGGCUCAUGCUGAUGGCCAAUUUAGAGAAAGCAUACACUCCGGAUUGUCAUGUAACCGUCGAUGAACAGCUAUUUCCAUAUCGUGGGCGCACUCGAUUCACCCAAUAUAUUCCGAGUAAGCCGGCAAAAUAUGGCAGGAAAGUGGCCCUUUGA